AAUGGUGCGGUGCCGAGUCGUACAUGACUGCAACAAGGCCGAGAGGAACCAAGUAAAUCAAACGAUAACAAAAAGAGAGAGAGAGAGAGAGAGAGAGAGAGAGAGAGAGAGAGAGAAUGGACUCUUCCAUUCGAGUUUUAGUUCUUGUCGCAUUCCUCUUUCCUGUUCUUGUGGAUUGUGCUGUUCGACACUACAAGUUUGAUGUGCUAAUAAAGAAUACAACUAGAUUAUGCUCAAGCAAACCCAUAGUGACCGUCAAUGGUAAGUUCCCAGGGCCAACUUUAUACGCCAGGGAAGAUGAUACCGUGCUUGUCAAAGUCGUUAACCAUGUCAAAUACAAUGUCUCCAUACACUGGCAUGGUAUCAGGCAACUUCGAACAGGUUGGGCUGAUGGGCCGGCAUACAUUACACAAUGUCCAAUCCCGACAGGGCAAAGCUAUGUAUAUAACUUUACCAUCACAGGCCAAAGAGGCACACUGCUUUGGCAUGCGCAUAUUCUCUGGCUAAGGUCCACGGUCCAUGGCGCCAUUGUUAUCUUGCCUAAGCGCGGUGUGCCUUAUCCAUUUCCAAAACCCCAUAAGGAAGUUGUUGUUGUGUUAGCCGAGUGGUGGAAAUCCGACACUGAAGCUGUGAUCAAUGAAGCACUCAAAUCCGGAUUGGCUCCAAAUGUUUCAGACGCUCACACCAUUAAUGGCCAUCCAGGACAGGUCUCCAGUUGUCCAUCACAGGGAGGUUUCAAAUUGCCAGUUGAAAAUGGCAAGACUUAUCUGCUACGCCUAAUCAAUGCUGCACUCAAUGAAGAGCUUUUCUUCAAAAUUGCUGAUCACAAGCUCACUGUUGUGGAAGUGGACGCCACAUAUGUUAAACCGUUCAAAGCUGAUACAGUUUUAAUUGCCCCAGGCCAAACCACCAAUGUCCUUGUCUCUGCUGAUCAAAAUUCUGGCAAGUACUUGGUCGCAGCGUCCCCUUUCAUGGACGCUCCGGUUGCUGUGGAUAACCUGACUGCAACAGCAACCUUGCACUACUCAGGCACACUUGCCAAUACCCCCACAACUCUCACUAGUCCACCACCACAAAAUGCCACACAAGUUGCCAACAACUUUAUAAACUCACUUCGUGCCCUCAAUUCCAAACAAUUCCCUGCCUUAGUCCCACAAACUAUUGAUCACAAUCUUUUCUUCACUGUCGGACUGGGGAUUAACCCCUGUCCUACUUGCAAAGCCGGUAAUGGUAGCCGCGCGGUAGCUUCUAUUAAUAAUGUGACAUUCAUUAUGCCUACGACAGCCUUACUUCAAGCACAUUUCUUCAACAUCAGUGGGGUUUUCACGACUGAUUUUCCCGCUAACCCACCAAACGUGUUUAAUUACUCUGGAACUCCACCAAGAAAUUUGCAGACAACAAAUGGGACAAAGGUUUUCAGGCUGGCUUAUAACUCUACAGUACAACUUGUUUUACAAGACACUGCGAUCAUAGCCCCUGAGAACCACCCCAUCCACUUACAUGGAUUCAAUUUCUUCGCCGUUGGUAGGGGACUUGGAAACUACAAUCCAAAGACAGAUCCUCAGAAAUUUAAUCUUGUCGAUCCAGUUGAGAGGAACACAAUUGGGGUACCAACUGGUGGAUGGGUAGCUAUCAGAUUCCGUGCAGAUAACCCAGGAGUUUGGUUCAUGCACUGCCAUUUGGAAGUGCAUACGACGUGGGGGCUUAAGAUGGCAUUCUUGGUGGACAAUGGAAAAGGUCCUAAUCAGUCACUUCUUCCACCUCCGAGUGAUCUUCCAAAAUGUUAAACAACGCAACUACGGACGCAGGCAUCGAGAUUUCCAGAUCGAAAGAGAUGCGGAAUGAGGAGGGAAAAGUUUCACAUGCAGAAGAAGACACUAUGAGAACGGAGAAAUUUAAUAAGCAAAGCGACUAGUUGAGAUUGAAUUUGUUUCUUGGGUAAAUAAAACAUUUGUAUAACAUUUGUAUAAGCAUUUUUUUAAUUAUAUCGUUGGAAUGAAUGACAAUUUUAUUCAAAAUUAAA